UGUAACCUGGUCCACGCUAUAAAUUGCCUCCCUAAUCCCUUCUCGUCUUCUCGUCUUCUCCGAUCUCCACUCGACGUCGCCAAACACCAACCCUCAAGCCCUCCGCCCUCGCUCAGUCGCUCCUCAGUCCUCACAUCCUCAAACGGUCAAACCUCACUUCAGCCCUCACUUCAGCGACGACGGUACGGAACUCAGGCACUCAGCGGUUGCAACUCACCUCAGCCCUCUGCCCUAACUCCUCGGCUCAAGGUAGGUCUAAUUUCCUGACUAUAUAAAGCCGUAAAACGACGGUGGUGGGACAGUGAAUGCAAUGGCAAGCGGCAAUAGCAACCAGGAGAAGCCACCGUACCGUCCAUAUCGACAGAAGAAAGUUCUUACGGCGCAUACACGCGCCGUCUCCUGUGUGAAGUUCUGCAACAAUGGCAAGCACUUCGCCUCGGCUUCCUUGGACAAAACGCUGAUCGUUUGGUCAACCGAAACCCUAAGUAAGGUCUCCCAACUCGACGGCCACUCCGACGGAGUUUCCGACCUGGCCUGGUCAUCUGAUUCCACCUACAUCUGCUCCGCCUCCGACGACCGCACCCUCCGUAUCUGGGUUGCGCGUGACGGCGAGUGCGUCAAGACCCUCCGUGGCCACACCAACUUUGUCUUCUGCGUUAAUUUUAACCUCCAAUCCAACCUCAUCGUCUCCGGCUCCUUCGACGAGACUAUUCGCGUCUGGGACGUGAAGACGGGCAAGUCCGUGCACGUGAUCCGGGCCCACUCCAUGCCCGUCACCUCAGUCCAGUUCAACAGGGAUGGAUCUCUCAUCGUUUCCACCAGCCACGACGGCUCUUGUAAGAUAUGGGACGCCGCCUCCGGCGCCUGCUUGAAGACCCUUAUCGAUGAUAAGGUCCCGGCCGUUUCCUUCGCCAAAUUCUCCCCCAAUGGCAAGUUCAUACUCGUCGCCACUCUCGAUAACACUCUUAGACUCUGGAACUACUCUCCUGGCAAAAUAUUGAAGGUAUAUGCAGGCCAUAAGAACAGCGUGUAUUGCAUUACAGCAACAUUUUCGGUUACAAAUGGGAAGUAUAUCGUCUGUGGCUCUGAAGAUCAUUGCGUGUGGAUAUGGGAUCUGCAAGAAAAGAAUCCUCUCCAGCAGCUAGAGGGGCACACUGAUACAGUCAUCUCUGUCAGCUGUCACCCUGAGCGGAACAUGAUUGUCUCUGCAGGACUGCAUAAUGAUAGAACCGUGAGGGUGUGGGUUCAAGAUUAAACAAUGUUCUUCAACUCUUCCUGAUAUUGCCUCUGGGAACGUACCAUAACAAAGAAAUGUCAUGAUAAUCUCUGGCUAAAGAAAGGUCUCCGCAACAAUAUAUCCAGAUUCGACUGUCGAAAUGGCAGUCCUUGAAUCUGACAAGCUCUCUCAGAGUUAUGAUCUGUUGUAGUGUUGAUAAACUGUCGGGUUUUGGUCAUCUGUUAGAGUUUAAUUUUCUGUUGAUUAUUAGGAAUCUUCAGAACUUUGUACAGGCAAUGUUUGAAAAAAAAAAAAAUCAUACUUUCUGUCAUUAUGUAUU